UAGCAAGAUGAAGGUGAUAACAUGUGAGAUUGCGUGGCACAACAAAGAGCCUGUCUACAGUCUGGACUUUCAGCACAACUCAGAGGGCCGCAUACACAGGCUGGCCACUGCAGGAGUGGACACCACUGUCAGGGUGAGUACUAGCUAGCUGUUUAAAACGACCACAUUGUUCAAAUCAAAGUUUAUUGGACAUGUACACAGAUUUGCAAAUGUUAUGGCAGGUGCAGCGAGACAUCUCGCUCUCUCUCACACACACACACUUACAUAUUUACACACACACUGUGAAUACUUGUAUGUAUUAGUAGAGGGGCCUUUUUCUCUCGCUCUCUCACACACUGCAUGGUAAGGGCCCAAUGUAGUUAUGCAUUCAGAGACAAUGACCUAACGUGUGUAGUGGCUCUGUGUGAUGCUGUAACGUGUGAUGUUAUUUCCUGUGGUCAGCUGUGGCGUGUGGAGAUGGGGCCUGAUGGGAAGGCAGUGGUGGACUUCCUGUCCAACCUGGCGCGGCACACCAAGGCCGUCAACGUGGUGCGCUUCUGCCCCAACAGCGAGCUGCUCGCCUCUGGAGGAGAUGGUGGGUCACUAUGUAGCAAACUUAUAUAACAAAUAAAAUGGAACAAGGGUGAUCAGCGUCUCCAAUGCUGAAGUGCAUAAAGGUGUCGGAAUUCAGAUAUGACGUCAUGGUUUUACCACUAUCCAUGGAGUUUUAAAACUAUGGCGCAACAUGGUUCCCUUUUUCAAGCUUGAAGCUUAAAUUGGGAUCAUGUUUACUGUGCUUAUGACGAUACAAAAAAGGAGUAACAGAGAGCAAUGUACAAUACGUAAACUUGGCAAACAAGGCAUUUGUGGUAAGUGCAUGGAGGCCGCCAUCUUUUUGCACCUCCGGGAUUGUAAUCAAUUGAUGCCAACACAACAAUAAUAUGCUAUUUUUUGAUUUUACCAGGUUUGUCUUGUUGAGAUUAACAAUCUCUUUUACAAUAGAGACCUGGCCAAAAUGGCAGCACACAAAGUUGCAGACACAUUUACAACAUAAAAUACAAAGCACUACAGCUUAAAAAACUAAUGUACACAUUGAACAGUAAGAUGGUUUGAGAAAGUGUGGUGAAACUAGGGGUCAAAACAUUGAUGCCCCCCACUUCAUUUUCCAUCAUAGUGUUUAACCUAGCUAAUUUAAAGGGACGAGCUCCUGUAAUUUCAAGGACCAUUUUAAGCUUGUUCCAAGUGGAAGGGGCAGAGAACUGGAAAGCUUUUCCCCCUAUCUCUGUAUUGGCCUUAGGCACAAUCAACAAAACACAGUUGUGAGUCGGGCGAUAGUUUUUCAUUUGACUGCUCGAUAAUGUAGUUACACUAGUCAAAUGUGAACUGUCUCAAUAUGGCCUUAUAAAUAAAAACGUACCUCUGAUUUAAUCCCCUGAAGAGCUAAGGAAGGCCAGCCCUGCUCGCAUAUAGAGGGUACAGUGAUGUGAUAGCUUUGGAGUUAUUAACAAACUCAGCACCCCAUGGUACAGUGUUCAUUAUACGAAUUGACACCACAGGGGAAUACAUAAACAAGAUAUCACCAUAAUCAAUUACAAGCACAAAAGUAGUGCAAACAAGCCUCUUUUAUUGCUUCAAAAGAAAAACAUGACUUAUUACGGACAACAAAAAAAUCCAGCUUGUGCCUAAGCUUUUUCACAAGACCUUCGAUGUAGGAUCUUUCAAGAAACCCAAGUACUUGUAAGUUGCUAUGAUAAGAGAAAUUCAGUCCACAGUGUAUGUUUUUCCAUGUGUGUAAUGACUGUGUUGACUGUGUAACAGAUGCAGCCAUCCUGCUGUGGAAGCUGAAUGACAGUAAGGAGCCUGAGCAGGCCCCGUCGUUCCAGGAGGAGGAGGAUAGUCAGCUCAACAAGGAGAGCUGGAGCGUGGUCAAGACCCUGAGGUGAGACCCUCUAAUCGCUGCCCUUAUCUACAAUACAUGGUCCCCUCCCUGUAAUAUUUUGAUAUGUGUUACUUCAUAACCACAUCUGUGUGUGUUGUUUAAAUUGUGUUUGGUAGGGGACACAUAGAGGAUGUGUAUGAUAUCAGCUGGACCCGGGAUGGGAACUUCAUGGUCUCUGGUUCUGUGGACAAUACUGCCAUUAUGUGGGAUGUCACAAAGGGUAAGACGUGUGUGUGUGUGUGUGUGUACACAGUGUGUCUAAAUAUGUCUGUUGAGUAGUACCUCUGUUGUCUAUGUUUAUUCUCGAUGAAUGCAUGUUGUUCAUUAGUUAUAACACAGGUAGUAACUGUGUUGUAUUUCUUAGGUCAGAAGCUGUGCAUCUUUAAUGACCAUAAGAGCUAUGUGCAGGGAGUGACCUGGGAUCCGCUUGGCCAGUAUGUGGCCACACUCAGCUGUGACAGGUAUGAACACAACACACACAGCCACUGGUUCUGUGUGAAAAGCCAUUUAGUCUCUCCCUUUAUCAGUGAUUAGUGGGACUAACAUGUAAACAAUGAACCAGCAUCGACUGGUAAACAAUGCUAAUAUGAUUGAUUGCUAAUCUGACUGUCAACUCUCUCCCUCGCGCUCUCUCUCCCUAUCUCUCCUUCUGUCUCUCAGGGUUAUGCGUGUGUACAGUACUCAGAGCAGGAGGAAGGCCUACAGUGUCAGUAAGAUGAGCUCUGGGUCAGCUGUGGAGGGAGAGGUCAGUAUGAGCUGAGUGGACGAUCUCCCAUACACACACAUUUACACUCAAACUAAACACAAUCAUACACACACUGAACACUCAUUGAUGUGAUGGUGUUUAUUUGUUUGUGUGCAGGUGAAACAGUACCGAAUGUUCCAUGACGACAGCAUGAAGUCUUUCUUCAGGCGACUCACCUUCACACCGGACGGAUCCUUUCUGCUCGCCCCAGGUACACACACACACACAAACAAUUACUCUGUGCAUUCGUCUGGUGACUUGAAACAGGAAGAAAUUGUGUCCUGUGCUGCUGUCAUAUCCUGUGAUGAUAUCCUCUGUAGCUCAAUUGGUAGAGCAUGGCGCUUGUAACGCCAGGGUAGUGGGUUCGAUCCCCAGGACCACCCAUAUGUAAAAAUGUAUGCACACAUGACUGUAAGUCGCUUUGGAUAAAAGCGUCUGCUAAGUGGCAUAUUAUAUUAUUAUUAUAUUAUAUGAUGUGGAAGUCAUAGGUGACAUCCUGUUUAGCCCAUCUCCUUUCUCUCUCUGUCUCUGUCCUUCCUCUGCGUUCUCUCUCUCCCCCUUCUCUCUCUCUCUCUGUGUAGCGGGGUGUGUGGAGGCAGGGGAGAACGUCACCAACACCACCUACGUCUUCUCCAGGAAGAGCCUCAAGAGGUCAUUGCUGCCAACCAAUAACCCUCUGGGGACAAAGAUUUAUUGAAAUUAACUGAGACUGUCAAAGCCUGGAGUUGGCUUCUGUGUCUGUAUCAGGAUGGUUAUAACCUUUAUCUGCCUUUCUGUAUCUUAGGCCCAUAGCUCACCUGCCCUGCCCUGCUAAAGCCACCCUGGCUGUACGCUGUUGCCCUGUCUACUUCGAGCUGAGGACCAAGAAGGGAGAGGGUAAGGACACACACAAAUAGCUAUUCACCCAAGAUGUAAAAAAAAUGAUAGCUAACUCCCUUCCUCUCCUCUCUCUGCCUUCCUCACCACUCCUUUCUCCCUUCCUUCCUUCCCUACAGAUGGCAGUGCCCAGCCCCUACCUAACACGUUUGGCUUGCCCUACAGACUGGUGUUUGCUGUGGCAUCAGAGGACUCCAUUUUCCUCUAUGACACUCAGCAGACCCUACCCUUCGGCUACGUGUCCAACAUCCACUACCACACGCUCAGCGACCUCACCUGGUACACACACACUCUCUUGAGGUGUCUUGUAUUGCUCUGUUUUUGAUGAGGUAGAAGAUGCCCUUGAUCACAGAUCUAGGAUCAGAUGACCCAAUCCCAAACUGCACUGAAAAAUAUCUGACCCUGUAUCAGUGUUUAGGGGUAACUUCUAACUACUUGUGAUAAUAAGUUGUUGUGGUAUUGUUACAGUCUGUGUUCCAUCCAGUCUAUUUAGUGAUGAUGUCAAAUGCUGUUGUAGGUCUCGGGACGGUUCCUUCCUGGCGGUGUCGUCUACAGACGGCUACUGCUCCUUCCUGUCCUUCUCCACUGGCGAGCUGGGCACCCCCCUGAAGGAGCCCCCCGUCCUGGAGGUCGUCACCCCCGGCAACGGUCCCGAGAAGAAGGGCAAGAAGGCUGCAGCGGCUCGCACGGUGUCCCCUGUCCCUAAAACCACAGAGAGCACCGCCACUGUCCACCCCAUCCCUAAAGAGACCCCCAGCACCCCCCUCUCCUCCCUCACUUCCCAUGCCACCCCCCUGGUCCCUGGGGGUGGGGAGAAAAAUAACCCUGGAAAGGCCAAGCCCCAGCCCCGUAGGAUCACCCUCAACACCCUGGAGGGAUGGGGCAAGCCCAGCAACCCCAAAGCCCCUGCUGCUAAUGCCCCCAAGACCCCCACCACAGCCAGCAUCAGCGCCCCCUCCACCCCCCAGCAGCCUCGCCUCACUCCCUCUACCCCCAACACCCCCCUCACCCCCUCUACAGCUCAGCCCUGCCUCACCCCAAAGGCCCAAAGAAGCAGCGGUAACACCCUGGGCCCCAGCACCCCUAAAGGACCCGUCCCCAGGUAAGAGCACAGACACAAGAUGUCAUGGCUUUUUUAUCUACAGACCAUUGUGUGUCUGUAUUUGUGUAGGCCUGUGCUUGUGUCUAAUCUAUGUAAUGCAUGCCUGUGAGUCAGAGUUUGGCCAUUGUUGCGUAUAUUACGUGAGAGUGCGUUUCUGCAUGUGUGAGUAGCUUUUGCAUGCUAAUGUACCUUGAUCCUGGUUGAAUCACUCAUGUGAGCCACCGCUAGAAUCAAAGGUUAGAUGAAACCCUUCUCCCUGUAAUGGCUGCCCCUGGUCCAUAAGCUCAUUACUAUCCUGUUCUCAACCAUGGUGCCAUUACCUAGAUGCUAAAAAGAGCUAGCCUGAAUGUAGUCAUAUCCGGGUGUGUAGACUACACUCUCUCUAAUACAAGACUAUGGUAUGUAAAUGUAUGUAAAUCCCUGAACUCCCAUUCAAAUGGCCGGUGGUGAGUGGAGCCAGACAGACUGACUGCCUGGGACCUACACACAGCUACUACGUCACUGCCAGAUGAUCACUGGAUGGAAGGGAUCAGUUAGACAGGGAGAGGCUGGUGGGAGAUGGAAGCACCAGCCAGGACAUCAUGCCUAGUGUAGGGAAGGACAUUGAACCAUUUCUCCCCUACUGUUUCCAUUUAUUGGAAAUGUGCAGUAUCUAGGAAUCUCUAUGCAUGUUCUGAAUCCACAUUGUGGAUGAUAAGUCAUUUGUUGACAUUGAGUGUGCGACAAAAUAAUAAGAGAGCUUGCGGCAUGUGUUUGGUCGUUAGUUACUGUCUGUCAGAACAAAACCCUGUCUGGCAUUCAAGGUUCGUUGGACCCCCACUGUUAAUCAAGUACCGAUUAUCCUGAAAGGCUGCCGGCAGACAAAAGAUGGGCAGUGUGUGUGUGUGUCCGGUCAUUAUCAGUCUGAGGAGAUUGAAUGAGGAGAGAAAGAGCAGAGGUGGGAAGAAGUGCAGUUAGAUUGUUAUUAUUUGCAGGUUUAGUUUUUCCCUAUGAAUCCUAAAUGAGGUGCAAGUUUUUCUUAUGUAGGCCUACAUAAUAGCCAUAUAUUGGAAUUCUGCUGUUGUCUCAGAUAGGACUUAUUCCUCAGCCACCUACUCAAGAGCUGGGUAGAAUCCUUCUCUAAGUCACUGUUCUCUCUCUACCUUCUGUUUUCAGACGGAUAUCUCUUACUCCCGUCGUCUCCAGAUCUCCAGCUGCCUUCACCACACCCUCCUCCACGGAGAAAGCCAAACAUGGUCAGUACAUCCUGCAACAACCAACACAGGGAUUGGCCAAGCACUUUACAACAAGGCCAGGGAUUGGCUAUGGACAGUGUUAUAUUUACCGGUCUUUGUAAUGGGGUCUGCCUCUGUGCACCCAACAAAUGAAACACAAUUAACAUCUGAGUAUACUAAAUUAUGUAAUAUCCUAUUCCUAAGAACGUUUUUAUUCAGUCCAGUGUUCUGCCUAUGAUUGAUUGCAUGUAUUUUGGUUCAUCUUUGCCCCCCAGAACGACCCUCUCCCCCCACCGAACCUGUGUGCCAGCCCCCAGAGUCCAAACGGCCCAAGACCAGCACCCUGUCAGCCAAGACCGGGGUGGCUCCAGCCUUAGGGGCCACACCCAACCCCUAA